GGUAGCACAGGCCGAAAGCGGGCGGGCAGCAGGAAGGCCGGCCGCCGGCCCCAUAGGACUCAUCUCUUAAGGCACCAUACCCCCUAGGGCGUCCCCCUGGCCUCCCAAUUCUAGCGUCCCCUGCCUCUCUAGUCCAGCUCACAGAGGCCAUGCAGAAAGCCCGGGGCACGCGAGGCGAGGACGCCGGCACGAGGGCACCUCCUAGCCCCGGGGUGCCCCCGAAGAGAGCCAAGGUGGGGGCCGGCAGAGGGGUCCUCGUCACCGGGGCAGGGGCCGGGGCGCCGGUCUUCCUGCGGCCCCUGAAGAACGCGGCGGUGUGUGCGGGAAGUGAUGUGCGGCUGCGGGUGGUAGUGAGCGGGACACCCCAGCCUAGCCUCAGCUGGUUCCGGGAUGGGCAGCUCCUGCCUCCACCGGCCCCAGAGCCCAGCUGCCUGUGGCUGCGGAACUGCGGGGCCCAGGACGCCGGCGUGUACAGCUGCAGCGCCCAGAAUGAACGGGGCCAGGCCUCUUGUGAGGCUGUGCUCACAGUGCUGGAGGUCAGAGUUUUCCGCUCCUGCAGAAAGCAAAGUUACGACUCGGAGACUGCUGAGGAUGACAUCAGCGAUGUGCCGGGGACCCAGCGCCUGGAGCUUCGGGAUGACAGGGCCUUCAGCACCCCCACGGGGGGCUCUGAUACCCUGGUGGGCACCUCCCUGGACACACCCCCGACCUCCGUGACAGGCACCUCAGAGGAGCAAGUGAGCUGGUGGGGCAGCGGGCAGACGGUCCUGGAGCAGGAAGCGGGCAGCGGGGGUGGCACCCGCCCCCUCCCAGGCAGCCCAAGGCAAGCACAGACAACCGGGGCCGGGCCACGGCACCUGGGGGUGGAGCCGCUGGUGCGGGCAUCGCGAGCUAAUCUGGUGGGCGCAAGCUGGGGGUCAGAGGAUAGCCUUUCGGUGGCCAGUGACCUCUAUGGCAGCGCGUUCAGUCUGUACAGAGGACGGGCGCUCUCGAUCCACGUCAGCAUUCCUCCGAGUGGAUUGCACAGAGAGGAGCCUGACCUUCAGCCUCAGCCAGCCAGUGAUGCCCUUCGUCUACGCCCUGCCCUUCCACCUCCCUCCAAAUCCGCUUUGCUUCCCCCACCAUCUCCUCGGGUGGGAAAGAGGGCUCUGCCAGGACCUAGUGCCCAACCCCCAGCUACUCCCACUUCGUCCCAUCGGCGUGCUCAAGAGCCCUCCCUGCCUGAGGACAUCACCACCACGGAAGAGAAGCGAGGGAAAAAGCCCAAGUCAUCGGGGUCAUCGCUGGCGGGCACGGUGGAGUCCCGGCCCCAGACGCCACUGAGCGAGGCUUCGGGUCGCCUGUCAGCACUGGGCCGCUCGCCCCGGCUGGUGCGCGCGGGGUCCCGCAUCCUGGACAAGCUACAGUUCUUCGAGGAGCGGCGACGCAGCCUGGAGCGCAGCGACUCGCCGCCAGCGCCCCUGCGGCCCUGGGUGCCCCUGCGCAAGGCUCGCUCGCUGGAGCAGCCGAAAUCCGAGGGCGGUGCGGCGUGGGGCACACCCGAGGCCUCGCAGGAGGAGCUGCGGUCACCUCGGGGCAGUGUGGCAGAGCGGCGUCGCCUGUUCCAGCAAAAGGCGGCCUCGUUGGAUGAACGCACGCGACAACGCAGUGCAACCUCGGACCUUGAACUCCGCUUCGCCCAGGAGUUAGGUCGCAUCCGCCGAUCUACGUCGCGGGAGGAGCUGGUGCGUUCGCACGAGUCCCUGCGUGCCACGCUGCAGCGCGCCCCAUCCCCUCGGGAGCCCGGCGAGCCCCCACUCUUCUCUCGGCCCUCCACACCUAAGACCUCUCGGGCUGUGAGCCCGGCUGCCACCCAGCCGCCGCCUCCCAGUGGUGCGGGCAAAUCUGGGGACGAUCCUGGGAGGCCCCGAAGCAGAGGGUCGGUGGGCAGGACUGAACCGGGGGAAGGUCCGCAGCAGGAGAUCAAGCGUCGGGACCAAUUCCCGCUAACCAGGAGCAGAGCCAUCCAGGAGUGCAGGAGCCCUGUGCCGCCCUUCACCGCGGAUCCCCCGGAGGGCAGGACAAAAGCCCCCUCCGGUCGCAAGCGGGAACCUCCUGCUCAAGCGGUGCGCUUUCUGCCCUGGGCCACUCCGGGAGUGGAGGACUCUGUUCUGCCCCAAACCUUGGAGAAGAGCAGAGCGGGACCUGAGGCUGAGAAGAGGCUUCGCAGAGGACCUGAGGAGGAUGGUCCCUGGGGGCCCUGGGACCGCAGAGGGACCCGCAGCCAAGGCAAAGGUCGCCGUGCUCGGCCUACUUCCCCCGAGCUCGAGUCCUCAGAUGACUCCUAUGUGUCCGCUGGGGAAGAGCCCCUGGAGGCACCCGUGUUUGAGAUACCCCUGCAGAACAUGGUGGUGGCGCCAGGAGCUGACGUGCUACUUAAGUGUAUCAUCACCGCCAACCCCCCACCCCAAGUGUCCUGGAGAAAGGAUGGGUCCGUGUUGCACAGCGAGGGGCGUCUUCUCAUCCGGGCUGAAGGUGAACGACACACACUGCUGCUCAGAGAGGCCCAGGCUGCCGAUGCUGGAAGCUACACAGCCACUGCCACCAACGAACUGGGCCAAGCUACCUGUGCUUCUUCACUGGCCGUGAGACCUGGUGGCUCCACAUCCCCUUUCAGCAGCCCCAUCACCUCUGAUGAGGAGUACCUGAGCCCCCCAGAGGAGUUCCCAGAGCCUGGAGAGACCUGGCCCCGAACCCCUACCAUGAAGCUCAGUCCCAGCCAGGAUCGAGACUCCUCUGACUCUUCUUCCAAGGCACCCCCAACGUUCAAGGUCUCACUCAUGGACCAAUCGGUGAGGGAAGGUCAAGAUGUCAUUAUGAGCAUCCGAGUGCAGGGAGAGCCCAAGCCUGUGGUCUCCUGGCUGAGGAAUAGGCAGCCCGUGCGCCCAGACCAACGGCGCUUUGCAGAGGAGGCCGAGGGUGGGCUGUGUCGGUUGAGGAUCCUGGCUGCUGAGCGGGGCGAUGCUGGUUUCUACACUUGCAAGGCGGUCAACGAAUAUGGCGCUCGGCAGUGCGAGGCCCGCCUGGAGGUCCGAGCACACCCCGAAAGCCGGUCCCUGGCCGUGCUGGCCCCCCUGCAGGACGUGGACGUGGGGGCCGGGGAGAUGGCGCUGUUUGAGUGCCUGGUGGCAGGUCCAGCUGACGUCGAGGUGGACUGGCUGUGCCGGGGCCGCCUGCUGCAGCCUGCGCUGCUCAAAUGCAAGAUGCAUUUUGAUGGCCGCAAGUGCAAGCUGCUGCUCACCUCGGUGCACGAGGACGACAGCGGUGUCUACACCUGCAAGCUGAGCACAGCCAAAGAUGAACUGACCUGCAGUGCCCGGCUGACAGUCCGGCCGUCGCUGGCACCUCUCUUCACCCGGUUGCUGGAAGACGUGGAGGUGCUGGAAGGCCGUGCUGCCCGCUUGGAUUGCAAGAUCAGCGGUACCCCACCUCCCUCUGUUACCUGGACUCAUUUUGGCCACCCCGUGAAUGAGGGUGACAACUUGCGGCUUCGACAGGAUGGAGGUCUACACUCACUGCACAUUGCCCGGGUGGGCAGUGAGGACGAGGGACUCUAUGAAGUCAGUGCCACCAACACUCAUGGCCAGGCCCACUGCUCCGCCCAGCUGUAUGUGGAGGAGCCUCGGACAGCCGCCUCUGGCCCCAGCUCGAAGCUGGAGAAGAUGCCAUCUAUCCCUGAGGAGCCGGAGCACGGAGAUCUAGAGAGGCUGUCGAUUCCUGACUUCCUGCGGCCACUGCAAGAUCUGGAAGUGGGACUAGCUAAGGAGGCCAUGCUGGAGUGCCAAGUGACCGGCCUGCCCUAUCCCACCAUCAGCUGGUUCCACAAUGGCCACCGCAUUCAAAGCAGUGACGACCGGCGCAUGACACAGUACAGAGACAUACAUCGCCUGGUGUUCCCAGCUGUGGGACCUCAGCAUGCUGGUGUCUAUAAGAGUGUCAUCGCCAACAAGCUGGGCAAAGCAGCCUGCUACGCCCAUCUCUAUGUCACAGAUGUGGUUCCGGGCCCUCCAGAUGGCGCUCCUCAAGUAGUGGCUGUGACCGGAAGGAUGGUCACACUAUCGUGGAACCCACCCAGGAGUCUGGACAUGGCUAUUGACCCAGAUUCCCUAACAUACACUGUGCAGCACCAGGUGUUGGGCUCGGACCAGUGGACGGCACUGGUCACGGGCCUGCGGGAGCCUGCGUGGGCAGCCACAGGGCUGAAGAAGGGGAUCCAGCACAUCUUCCGGGUCCUCAGCUCCAGCGGCAAGAGCAGCAGCAAGCCCUCAGCACCGUCGGAACCCGUACAGCUGCUAGAGCAUGGACCACCCCUGGAAGAGGCGCCUGCUGUGCUGGACAAGCAGGACAUUGUGUAUGUGGUAGAGGGCCAGCCUGCCUGUGUCACCGUCACUUUUAACCAUGUAGAGGCCCAGGUUGUCUGGAGGAGCUGCCGGGGAGCCCUCCUUGAGGCACGUACAGGUGUGUAUGAGCUGAGUCAGCCAGAUGAUGACCAGUACUGUCUGCGGAUCUGCCGGGUGAGCCGACGAGACCUGGGGCCCCUUACUUGCAGUGCCCGAAACCGCCACGGCACAAAGGCCUGCUCGGUCACCCUGGAGCUGGCAGGAGAGCGACAGGCUGCUUUGCAGGCUGUGUGGUUUUCGGGAGAAGAUGAGGUGCUGCUGGCCGAGAGCAAUCAUGUGAGCUUCGUGUAUGAGGAGAACGAGUGUUCCCUGGUGCUGCUCAGCGCGGGAAGCCAGGACGGAGGCGUCUAUACCUGCACGGCCCGGAACCUGGCGGGCGAAGUCUCCUGCAAGGCCGAGCUGUCUGUGCUUUCGGCUCAGACAGCCAUGGAGGUCGAGGGGGUCGGAGAAGAUGAGGAACACCGAGGAAGAAGACUUAGCGACUACUAUGACAUCCACCAAGAGAUUGGCAGGGGUGCCUUCUCCUACCUGCGGCGGGUAGUGGAGCGGAGCUCUGGCCUGGAGUUUGCAGCCAAGUUCAUCCCUAGCCGGGCUAAGCCUAAAGCAUCAGCAAGACGUGAGGCCCGCUUGCUGGCCCGGCUCCAGCAUGACUGUGUGCUCUACUUCCACGAAGCCUUCGAGAGGCGCAGGGGACUUGUCAUAGUCACAGAGCUCUGCACAGAAGAGCUUCUAGAGCGCAUGGCCAGGAAGCCCACCGUGUGUGAGUCUGAGACUCGGACCUAUAUGCGUCAAGUGCUAGAGGGAAUAUGCUAUCUGCAUCAGAGCCAUGUGCUGCACCUGGAUGUCAAGCCGGAGAACCUGCUUGUGUGGGAUGGUGCAGGGGGUGAAGAGCAGGUGCGCAUCUGUGACUUCGGGAAUGCCCAGGAACUCACUCCAGGGGAGCCCCAGUACUGUCAGUAUGGCACGCCAGAGUUCGUAGCACCUGAGAUUGUCAACCAGAGCCCUGUGUCGGGAGUCACUGACAUCUGGCCCGUGGGCGUCGUUGCCUUCCUCUGUUUGACGGGCAUCUCCCCAUUUGUUGGGGAGAAUGACCGUACAACACUCAUGAAUAUCCGAAACUACAAUGUGGCAUUUGAGGAGACUACGUUCCUGAGUCUGAGCAGGGAGGCCCGGGGCUUCCUCAUCAAAGUGCUGGUGCAGGAUCGACUGAGACCUACUGCAGAAGAGACACUGGAACAUCCUUGGUUCAAAACAGAAGCAAAGGGUGCAGAGGUGAGCACAGAUCACCUGAAGCUCUUCCUGUCACGGAGGAGGUGGCAGCGCUCUCAAAUCAGCUACAAGUGCCACCUGGUGCUGCGCCCCAUUCCGGAACUGCUACGGGCUCCCCCGGAGCGGGUGUGGGUGGCCAUGCCUAGAAGACAACCCCCGAGUGGUGGGCUCUCAUCCUCUUCAGACUCAGAAGAGGAAGAGUUGGAGGAACUUCCCUCAGUACCCCGCCCCCUGCAGCCUGAGUUCUCAGGUUCUCGGGUAUCCCUCACCGACAUCCCCACCGAAGAUGAGGCUCUGGGGACCCCGGAAGCUGGGGCUGCCACCCCCAUGGACUGGCAAGAGCAGGGAAGGGCUCCCUCUAAGGACCAGGAGGCCCCCAGCCCUGAGGCACUCCCCUCUCCAGGCCAGGAGUCCCCUGAUGGGCCUAGCCCCAGGCGGCCAGAGCUCCGCAGGGGCAGCUCUGCUGAGAGUGCCCUGCCCCGAGUCGGGUCGCGGGAGCCGGGCCGGAGCUUGCACAAGGCAGCGUCCGUGGAGCUGCCGCAACGCAGGAGCCCCAGCCCGGGUGCCACCCGCCUGACUCGGGGAGGCCUGGGUGAGGGCGAGUAUGCCCAGAGGCUGCAGGCCCUGCGUCAGCGGCUGCUGAGGGGAGGCCCCGAGGAUGGCAAGGUCAGCGGCCUCAGGGGACCCCUGCUGGAGAGCCUGGGGGGCCGUGCACGGGAUCCCAGGAUGGCGCGGGCUGCCUCCAGCGAGGCUGCCCCCCACCACCAGCCCCCUCCCGAGUCCCGGGGCCUGCAAAAGAGCAGCAGCUUCUCUCAGGGUGAGGCGGAGCCCCGGGGUCGGCACCGCCGCGCGGGGGCGCCCCUCGAAAUCCCCGUGGCCAGACUUGGGGCUCGCAGGCUGCAGGAGUCUCCCUCCUUAUCUGCCCUUAGCGAGACCCAGCCACCGAGCCCUGUGAGGCCCAGCAUCCCCAAACUCAGUAUCACCAAGUCCCCGGAACCUUCCGCUGUCACAUCCAGAGACUCUCCCCAGCCCCCGGAACCUCAGCCUGCCCCAGACAAGGUUCCUGAGCCCAAACCAGAACCAGUCCGAGCUGCCAAACCAGCACAACCCUCUUUGGCUCUGCAAAAGUCAGCGCAACCUCUCACCCCCUAUGCCCAGAUCAUGCAGUCGCUCCAGCUGUCCAGUCCCACCCUGUCCCCACAGGACCCCGCUGUGCCUCCAUCAGAGCCCAAGCCCCACGCGGCUGUGUUUGCCAGGGUGGCUUCCCCGCCGCCCGGAGCUUCUGAGAAGCGCGUGCCUUCGGCCAGAACUCCCCCAGUGCUAGCCGAGAAAGCCCGAGUCCCCACGGUGCCCCCCAGGCCAGGCAGCAGCCUCAGCGGCAGCAUCGAGAACCUCGAAUCAGAGGCUGUGUUCGAGGCUAAGUUCAAACGCAGCCGCGAAUCGCCACUGUCGCGGGGCCUGAGGCUACUGAGCCGCUCGCGCUCGGAGGAGCGCGGUCCCUUCCGUGGGGCGGAGGACGACGGCAUAUACCGGCCCAGCCCGGCAGGAACGCCGCUAGAGCUAGUGCGACGGCCGGAGCGCUCGCGCUCCGUGCAGGACCUCAGGGUAGCCGGAGAGCCGGGCCUUGUGCGUCGCCUUUCGCUGUCCCUGUCGCAGAAGCUGCGGCGGACACCGCCGGGACAGCGACACCCUGCUUGGGAGUCCCGCAGUGGAGACGGGGAGAGCUCCGAAGGCGGCAGCUCAGCUCGGGCAUCCCCGGUGCUGGCAGUGCGCAGGAGACUCAGCUCCACGCUGGAGCGUCUGUCCAGCCGUUUGCAGCGCAGCGGCAGCAGCGAGGACUCCGGGGGCGCCUCGGGUCGUAGCACGCCGCUGUUUGGACGGCUGCGCAGGGCUACUUCCGAAGGGGAGAGCCUGCGACGCCUCGGAGUUCCGCACAAUCAGCUGGCCUCUCAGACUGGUGCCACUACACCUUCCGCUGAGUCUCUGGGCUCAGAGGCCAGUGGCACAUCGGGUUCUUCAGCUCCCGGAGAAAGUCGAAGCCGGCACCGGUGGGGCCUUUCCAGGCUGCGCAAGGACAAGGGAUUAUCGCAGCCAAACCUCUCCUCCAGUGUCCAAGAGGACUUGGGUCACCAGUAUGUGCCCAGUGAGUCAGAUUUCCCCCCAGUCUUCCACAUCAAACUCAAGGACCAGGUGCUGUUGGAGGGGGAAGCAGCCACUCUGCUCUGCCUACCCGCAGCCUGCCCGGCACCCCGCAUCUCCUGGAUGAAAGAUAAGCAGUCCCUGCACUCAGAACCCUCAGUGGUCAUUGUGUCCUGCAAAGAUGGACGGCAGCUGCUGAGCAUACCCCGGGCUGGCAAGCGGCAUGCUGGGCUCUAUGAGUGCUCGGCCACCAAUGUCCUGGGCAGCAUCACCAGCUCCUGUACUGUGGCCGUGGCCCGCAUGCCAGGGAAGCUAGCUCCUCCAGAGGUGCCCCAGACCUACCAUGACACAGCGCUGGUACUGUGGAAGCCAGGAGACGGUCGGGCACCUUGCACAUACACUCUGGAGCGGCGGGUGGAUGGGGAAUCUGUCUGGCACCCCGUGAGCUCAGGCAUCCCCGACUGUUACUACAAUGUGACUCAGCUGCCUGUCGGCGUGACCGUGAGGUUCCGUGUGGCCUGUUCCAAUCGUGCUGGGCAGGGGCCCUUCAGCAACCCUUCUGAGAAGGUCUUCAUCCGAGGCACUCCAGAUUCUCCUGCUCAGCCAGCUGCUGCUGCUCCCCGAGAUGCCCCUGUUACCUCAGGGCCAACCAGGGCCCCACCGCCUGACUCUCCUACCUCACUGGCCCCCACCCCUGCUCUUGUGCCCCUAGCCUCCCAGGCAUCCUCUUUCAGCCCCUCAACUUCCUCCACGUCUGCCAACCAGGCCUUGUCCUCACUCAAGGCUGUGGGUCCACCACCCGCAACCCCUCCACGAAAGCACAGGGGCCUUCUGGCCACCCAGCCAGCAGAGCCAUCCCCACCCAGUAUCGUGGUCACCCCAAGUGAACCCAAGUCUUUUGUCCCUGACACUGGAACCCUGACCCCAACCUCUAGUCCUCAAGGGGUUAAACCAGCACCUUCCUCAACUUCCUUGUAUAUGGUGACUUCCUUCGUGUCUGCACCUCCUGCCCCCCAGCCCCCAGCCCCCGAGCCCCCUCCUGAGCCCAAGGUGUCUGUGCGGAGCCUCAGCCCAGCCAAGGAGAUGGUCAGUUCCCCGACACCUGAGAGCACCACUCUUCGGCAGGGCCCUCCUCAGAAACCCUACACCUUCCUGGAAGAGAAGGCCAGGGGCCGCUUUGGCGUUGUGCGGUCAUGCCGGGAGAAUGCUACGGGCCGAACGUUCGUUGCCAAGAUUGUGCCGUAUGCUGCGGAGGGCAAACGACGCGUGCUGCAGGAAUACGAGGUGCUUCGGACGCUGCACCACGAGCGGCUCAUGUCCCUGCACGAGGCCUACAUCACCCCUCGGUACCUCGUGCUUAUCGCUGAGAGCUGUGGCAACCGGGAACUCCUCUGUGGGCUCAGUGACAGAUUCCGGUAUUCAGAAGAUGAUGUGGCCACCUAUGUGGUGCAGCUGCUACAAGGCCUGGACUACCUCCACGGCCACCACGUGCUACACCUGGACAUCAAGCCGGACAAUCUACUGUUGGCCGCUGACAAUGCCCUUAAGAUUGUGGACUUCGGCAGCGCUCAGCCCUAUAACCCUCAGGCCCUGAAGCCGCUUGGCCAUCGCACAGGCACUCUAGAGUUCAUGGCUCCUGAGAUGGUAAAGGGAGACCCCAUUGGCUCUGCCACGGACAUCUGGGGAGCGGGUGUGCUCACCUACAUCAUGCUUAGUGGGUACUCCCCAUUCUAUGAGCCAGACCCCCAAGAAACAGAGGCUCGGAUUGUUGGGGGUCGCUUUGAUGCCUUCCAGUUGUAUCCUAACACAUCCCAGAGUGCCACCCUCUUCUUGAGAAAGGUCCUCUCAGUACAUCCCUGGAGCCGGCCCUCUCUGCAGGACUGCUUGGCCCACCCAUGGCUGCAAGAUGCCUACCUGAUGAAGCUGCGCCGCCAGACACUCACCUUCACCACCAACCGGCUCAAGGAAUUCCUGGGCGAGCAGCGGCGACGUCGGGCUGAGGCUGCUACCCGUCACAAGGUGCUGCUCCGCUCCUACCCUGGCAGCCCCUAGGUGGCACAGACAGCAGCCCGGCCACGGGCUUCAACUUGGGUUCUCACUCGCGCUGCCAAGGGACAUUCCAGAGCCCACGCUGAGCUGGACAGGCAGGGGCUUCAGAUACCAGCAGCAGCAGCAGCAGCAGCAGGCAGCAACAUCUGGCUGGGCUAUUACCUCAUGGACCUAAGAGGACAAGGCCCUGGGGCUUCAGCCGAAUGUCAACCCGGCCACAACCAGAACAGGAGACCCACUGGCCAGGCUAGGCAAGGGUGAGAGCAGAAAGAGGCGAAGAGGGAGUUGGGAAGUGAAGAACCAGACGGAGGAUAGGGAGGGAGGAGCUUGAGGAAGGUUCUAGGCUGGAGUGGAAUGCUAUAUCUCAGGGAGAACCCAGAAGGGGACAUGGCUGAAGAGGAAGAGGGACCCCGUCAUGUGGGAAUGUGGUGGACAAGAGGACAGGACAUAGAGAGCGUGCCAGGAGCCAGAGCAGAGACAUAAGGGAGGGCAGAAGGGUGGAAGGCAACAGGAGUAGGCUCAGGGGUGGCAGGCCAGGCCAGCAGCUGCAUCUUCAGAGAGAGGAGAAAGGCAAAGAGAUGUGUGCCUAAGGCCACUCCAGCGGGUCUCCUGUCCCAGCCGAUGCAGUUCUGGGCAUUCUUCACUGGCCCAGGGAUGUCCUCACUGCUCCUCCAUGGCCUUUGCCCUCCUUCCCAUUUGUAUUUAUUUAUUUAUUGCCUUUUGUGGAGUUUCCUUUCUAUCUAGUCCCUAGUGCCUAUGUUGUCCCGACCAUCCCCCCUCAGUCACCCAGCUGUCUGUGCAGCUGUCUGUCUGUCUGUCACAAGGGAAAAAAAAAAAAAAAAAA